AUGGCUCGGGGCCGCCGAUGCCUGGGUCUUGCUCUACUGGCCUUCUCGCUUGAGUCACUUUGGGAUUUCUCCUUACCUCUGCCCGGGAGAACAGGUGGGCAAGAGCCGCCGGAGCCCAAUCACGAGAACCGCUUCGUCAUCGAUGUGGCCAGUGAGCUCUGGUAUGGAGCGGAUGAUAUGCUGACAGCCGGGGCCUUCAUGGGCGAUGAGGGUUGGGCCAACCGUGGUGAGAGCCCCGCCACCCUGGGCUCGGUCGGCAUCUCUCUCAGGAAUGCCGCGGAAGCUCUUCUGCUGGCCGAUUGGUAUGAUUGUUCGGGCGAGUUGGAAGUGGCUGGCGCCGCAGGCGACUAUUAUUUCCUGGAGGAGGAUUUUUUCGCAGUGGCUGCUGCCCUGCCCGGCAAUGCGGAGUCGGAAGAGGAUUUCGACACAUGGGGCCUCGAGCAGUCUGCGCCGAUGGCAGAUGCCGCCGUGGCAGCCCUUGGCCGACUCAGUGAGGAGAUGGACUCCUUGGCUGGACGGAUCAGUGUGGAGUCGGUGGCUGGCCAGGCACUAAGCCGAACUGCGGAAAACUGGCGCAGGGCUGCGAGGCUCUUCCAAGGCAAGCCCGCUGACGAGUCGGAGGAGGUAGAGAGACCGGACUCGGCGGCGCUGCCCGCCAAAGUUCAUGAGGCUCUCGCUGAGGCGAUGAGUGACGCGGAGCGCCAAAGCACGCUUCGCAGGCUUCUAAAGGAGUACCAUCCAGAUCAGAAUCCUGGCGAAGAGGACGACGUACUUCCGGUCUUCCUCAAACUUCAAGAGCUGCGGGAGCGAUCUGGUGAUUUCGUGCAGCCCUGUGAACGCACGAUACUGGUGCCAGUGAUGCAACAGGAGCUCGACGACGAGGAGUUGAGCUUUUGCCUCAUCGCGCCCUUAGUCAUGGAUGGCAUUUGUAAGAUUUGGAAGCCCAAGAAGCCUGGCAAGGGAAGCCAUCAUCCGGCCGCCGAGGGCGCCGUACGAAGCUUCGAAUUUGGAUUCGACGAGCAUACGUGCCAUCCAAGAGGAUUGGAGCUCGCAGUGGUUGCUGAGAUCACUAAGCCAGCACAAACGAAUGCGCUAGCUGCAGCAACUCUCCUCAAUGGAUGUGGUGUGGCACCUGUUGCCUCAGCGUUCUUGCCAAGCACUUGCCAUGCGUCCGAGUAUACAGUGGCACCGGCGCUUGACCAAGACUUCGUCCUGCUCAGGUCCUACGAAGCCGGCGGAUGGCUGUUAAAGCAUGGCCUUGCGCUGGAGUGCAGCUGGUGGCGUCCGCGGAACAGGGAGCUGAUAUCAGAUGGUCCACUACCCUGCGUCGUUUGCCUUCAUGGUAACUCUUCCUGCCGGCUGGAAGCCAUGCAGCACGUGCGCAUGGUCCUCACGCGGGGCAUCACUAUGUUCGCCUUCGACUUCGCGGGCUGUGGGCUCUCCGAAGGUGACUACAUCACGCUGGGCUAUCACGAGAGGGAGGAUGUCAGCACUAUCAUCUCCUACCUCCGGGAGAGCGGAGAGGUGUCGACCAUUGCAUUAUGGGGCCGCUCCAUGGGUGCGGCAACCGCCCUACUGCAUGGGCACCGCGAUCCAAGCAUUGCAGGUUUGGUCCUGGACUCUCCGUUCUCCAGCCUGGAGAUGGUGGUAAGGGAGCUCAUUGAUAAAAUGCCGCUGCGCUUUAAGCCAUCUCUUCUGGUUGCUGCAGCGAUUCGAAUGGUGCGGAAGACGGUCCUGAAGCGCACUGGCAUGGACAUCCUCAAGCUGAAGCCUAUUGAGAACGUCCACACAUGUUUCAUUCCAGCUCUCUUCGUUGCGGGUGUCAACGACGAUCUCAUCGACCCGCACCACACCCACGACAUCCAUGAGCUGUAUGCGGGCGACAAGAACAUGGUGUUGAUCGACGGAGAUCACAACUCAGCCAGGCCAGAGUACCUGGUGGACAGCGUCUCCAUCUUCUUUUACGAGAGCGGUUUGGGCAUGGAUGCUCGCAGCUCCGGCAUCUUCGGUGAGAUGGCGGAUCCCGACGAUGCAGCCAUCCAGGAGGCAAUUUUAAUGUCUUUGAUAUCGCCUGCACCUGGCGUGCUCACACUCCAUCUUCUGGUGCAGGCCGAGAUGAGACAGGUGGCUGAAAUCAUCGGCAGCAAAGCCACAGCCAAGUACAAAAGCACUCGAGAACUCUUCCGUUGGCUCCAUCUAGAUGAAGCCAACCAAGGCAUCGUCUCCCGUGAAGAGUGCAUACGUUUCAUGGAGCUCUUCAAUUAUCCAUCAAAGAGUGGUGAGCAAAUGUACAACUUUUUGUUGACGAAGAGUCGCAGCUCAAAUCAGGCGGCUCUCGGGUGA